CCGACACGCGACUGCAGCGCGCACUGAAGAUGGCGGCGGCUGCUGGAAAGUUACUCCGGGCCUCGGUUGCCUGCCAUAUGAGUGCCAUUCCUUGGGGCGUUUCUGCCUCUGCAGCCCUUAGGCCUGCUGCUUCUGGAAGAAAGUGCUUGACAAAUGCGUUGUGGUCUGGUUCUCAUCCAGCAAAACGUGCCUUCAGUACCAGUUCCUCAUACCUUGCUCCUGCUGUCACCCAGCAUGCACCCUAUUUUAAGGGCACAGCCGUUGUCCACGGAGAGUUCAAAGAACUAAGCCUGGAUGACUUUAAGGGGAAAUACCUGGUGCUUUUCUUCUAUCCCUUGGAUUUCACCUUCGUGUGUCCUACGGAAAUCGUUGCUUUUAGUGACAAAGCCAAUGAAUUUCAUGAUGUGAACUGUGAAGUAGUUGCUGUUUCGGUGGAUUCCCACUUUAGCCAUCUUGCCUGGAUAAAUACUCCAAGGAAGAACGGCGGUUUGGGCCACAUGAACAUCCCACUCUUGUCGGAUUUAACUAAACAAAUUUCCCGGGACUACGGCGUGCUGUUAGAAAACCCUGGUCUUGCACUAAGAGGACUCUUCAUCAUUGACCCCAAUGGAGUCAUCAAGCACUUGAGUGUCAAUGACCUCCCAGUGGGCCGAAGCGUGGACGAGACCCUCCGCUUGGUGAAGGCAUUCCAAUUUGUGGAGGCCCAUGGAGAAGUCUGUCCGGCAAACUGGACACCUCACUCUCCUACAAUCAAGCCAAGCCCAACUGCUUCCAAAGAAUACUUUGAGAAAAUAAAUCAGUAGGUCAUCCCACGUGCACCUGUAGCUUCUUACACCAGAGAAGAACCACAGGUUGGAGCCCCGUGUUAGUAUUUCAAAGAUGAUUGUUUAUAGAAGGCAAAAAAAAAAGAAAAUUAUGCUUGUAUU